AUGGGUAUUGGAACGCAGGGCCGGCUUCGCUGCUCGGGGCUUCGAGGCUAUUUGCAGCGCUUCCGCGUCCGAAGGGACAUUAAUGACACUCAUUUCCUGUUUGUGUUUUACAGGAUCCUGUUGACAUGUAUUGCCUUACUGUCUUGUUAUUCCAUCCAUCUGCUGCUACGCAGUGCUGGAGUUGUGGGUAUCCGUGCCUAUGAGCAGCUUGGCCUGAGAGCUUUUGGUCACCCAGGGAAGAUUGUAGCAGCUGUCAUCAUCACGCUACAUAACAUUGGAGCCAUGUCCAGCUACCUGUUCAUAGUUAAAUCUGAGUUACCAUUGGUCAUCCAAGCCUUCCUUGGCCACACAUCCAGCUCUGACGACUGGUUCAUGAAUGGAAACUACCUUAUCAUCAUCGUCACUGUCUGCCUCAUCCUCCCGCUGACCCUGAUGAAACACCUCGGGUAUCUUGGUUAUACCAGUGGCUUCUCUCUCUCCUGCAUGGUCUUCUUCCUCUCUGCGGUAAUCUACAAGAAAUUCAACAUUGCCUGCCCUCUGGAAGUGUUUGGCAACCACUCUGUGAACACAGCCAUCUCAGAGAACACAUGCACUGCAAAAUUCCUCACCAUCAACCAAGAGACGGCAUAUACCAUCCCCAUCCUGGCAUUCGCUUUUGUAUGUCACCCUGAAGUACUUCCCAUCUACACUGAACUGAGCAACCCAACCAAGAGAAGAAUGCAGAAUAUUGGCAAUGUUUCCAUCCUGGGCAUGUUCAUCAUGUACUUCCUCACUGCCACGUUUGGCUAUCUGACCUUCUACGAGAACACCGAAGCAGAGCUCCUCCAUACCUACAGUAAGGUGGACCCCCUUGACACUCUGAUCCUGUGUGUUCGGCUGGCUGUCCUGGUGGCUGUCACUCUGACUGUACCUGUGGUCUUGUUUCCUGUAAGAACGUGUGGCCUUCACACACACACAUCCAUCUGACAAACUCUCUGACCCUGACCUAAAAUGCCUGUAUCUUUUUGUGCUUAAUUAAAUACAGAAGUAAAGUGGG